AAGGGAAAGUCAGCCUUUUUUAUGACGCCCAGGAAUGCUUAUGAAUAUUCAUGUCAUGUGACCCUCUACUGGUUUGAUUUUAUGUGUCUACUGCAUUACAUGCGAUUUAUAGUAAGGGACCUAACUCUUCUUCGAAAUAUGGCGAGCCCGACCUCUUUAUUUCUCUUCUUCACUACAGAAAUAAAAAACAAAAUGGUGGUACAGUUAACUUAGCAAUGUCCGAACACUGCCGAGGGGAACCGAACGGACAAAUCGACCUAGUUAUUGACGUGUUAGCCACCGCGCAGACGCUCGAUUUGAAUAGCACCUUGUAAUGACAUUGCAACAGUGUUUGGCCUCUCCAUACUCACGUAACCGUUGAUAGUAAGUGAAAGGACGUGAUACACGUGAGCACUACUUCCAAAAGUCGUUCUACCCGUCUAAACAUGGCCACGAUCGGCCUGUUGCUGAUCAGUGCGGUCGUUCUCUGGCUGUCAUGGCUCUUCCUCCGACACCGAGGCACGAUUCAGACCAUAUUGACCACACGGCGAGCCGCCAAGCAAUUCCCCAGCAUUCCUCCGCACUGGCUUUACGGGAACUUUAAUCAGGCCAAAGAUUGUGCGGGUUUCUUCAAGUUGUUCCACCAACUCACGCAGAAAUACAACCGGAAGUUUGUUUUCUGGUCAUCCUCGCUGCGUCCAGUUAUCACCGUCGUACAUCCGGAAACGGUGAAAAAUAUUCUCAAAAGCACAGAGCCAAAAACAACUGCUCUAGGAGCUGGUUACAAGCUCAUUGAGGAUUGGAUAGGAGAUGGGUUGUUACUAAGUAGUGGGAAAAAGUGGGAAAGGAAUCGAAAGCUUCUUACGCCGGCUUUCCACUUUGCCACCCUGAAGCCUUAUAUCAACGAAUACAACAAGGCCUUGGAUGCGUUUUUGAAUAAGAUUGAAAAAGAGAGUGAAAGCGGUGAUUUUAUAGAAGUAACAGGACCUAUCGGCUUGUUGACCCUCGACGUCAUGCUCAGAUGUGCAUUUUCCUAUGAAGGUCACAUCCAAGAACAAGGGUCAACUCACCCUUACGUCGUGGCAAUACAUAACCUGUCAGAUUUGGUCUUCAAACGAGCAGUAAAUCCCAUUCUGUACAUAAAGCUACUUUAUGAUAUAACUCCGAAUGGGAGGGAAUGGAAAAAAACAUGCGAUUUUGUCCACAAGUUUUCCGGUGAUAUCAUCGCAGCCAGAAAGAAAAUUUUGGAAAGCGACCCUGAUAUUCUGAAAAGCCGGCAUCUUGAUUUCUUGGACAUUUUACUGACAGCUAAAGAUGAGAAUGGAGAAGGCUUGUCAGACAUUGAGAUCAGAGAUGAGGUUGACACUUUUUUGUUUGAAGGUCAUGAUACGACGGCAAGCUCGGCUAGUUGGAUAACGUACGCAUUGGCAAAGUUCCCGAAUAUCCAGGAACAAGUGUACCAAGAAGUCAAGGACGUUUUGGGGUCAAGAACAAGUAUAGAAUGGGACGACAUAACAAAGCUGACGUAUACAAAACUGGUCAUCAAAGAAGCAAUGCGCAUGUACUCGCCUGUGUAUCAGAUAUCUCGACAAACGACGAAGCAAAUGGAGAUUGACGGUUGUCAUGUACCAGUGGGGAUGUCCAUUGACAUUAACAUCAUGAAUAUCAAUCAUAACCCAACUGUCUGGAGUGAUCAUGAAGUCUUUGAUCCGAUGAGAUUCGCAGGGGAUGAUUUCUCAGAAAGAAAUCCAUAUAAGUACAUCCCGUUCUCGGCUGGGCCAAGGAACUGUAUUGGUCAGAAUUUCGCCAUGAACGAGUUGUUGUCAUUCGUUGCUCGAACCGUCCAAAGAUUCAAACUGGAGCUGGAUGAAGACCACGAGAUCAUUUUCAUGCCAUGUGUGGUUAUGAGGGCAGAAACUGGAAUCAGAGUUAAGUUUGGGUCACGGAAAUAGUAGUGUGGUUUCAAGAUCAGAUUGACCGAUAUACUACUGAUAUAUGUCAUGCCCUCAACCAACCUUAUUCAGGACUCAGGGCUCCUAAAGGCAUUCUUGACGCCAAGUUGAAUACUUUUUACAGCUGGUAUUCAGAACCGUAAGCCACAUAUUUUCAGCACCAGCUUUAUAUAUCGAUCAUGUCACUCCUAUCCCUCCGUCUGUCUGUAAUCAUUUCAUUCCCUUGUAAACCUUUGGACUCAUUUGUUCGAAAGUAUAUUAGCUAAUACUGGUAUUAAGUCAUAUUUUAUAUUUAAUUUUUUUUCAUACUUUAGCUCAUAUUUAAUAUAAUGUUACAAAUUUGUUUAGGCUAAGUACAAAAUUGAAGACUUGUCUUAAAGUAAAAUGUUGUAUUAAGUUUUAAAUCAGUUUUGAACAACCGGGCCUUGGAGACUACAAAUACAACAUUCAUCUUGAGUAGAUAGUAUAUAGCGGCAUGCACUGCUAGAGGAUAUGUGGCAUCAUGGGGUAUAAUAUGGAUUCCUCCAUACUGGCAUAUAGGACACAGAUAUAUCCCAUGUGAACGAUUUUGACGGAAUUGCUUGGAUUCGCCAUCUACUGAUGACUUGUCUAUUGUUACAUUCAUUGUAUUAAUAGUGCUUACAAAUCAUCAUACUCAUAAUUGUAGAAUUAUAGAAUAUAUUAUAGCUCUAUACGCUGUUGAGAAAUACCAUUUCUGGUCUAAAACUUUCGUUAUGAACCCAUAGACAUCCUUAAAGAUUGAAAAAUAAGUUAAUCAUUUUACCACAAAAUGGUCUCGAACAUUACUUACAUUAUAUAUCCGAGAUAAUGUUAUCCUUGCAUUGGCGUAUGUGUACUCAGCGUAAUGCCGUAUCCAUGUUUGAACGCAUGAUACAGAUGUAAGUAAUCACUCUCUCAGGUAAUCAGUAUACUUGCACAGCCAGUUGUAUUGUCUCAGAAAUUACAUUUGAAAUACUUGACCAGAGCUGUGAGUCAGUAUGAACAUUACAAGCCCUUAGACUAUUAUGCUGUAAUAUGUAAUGAUCUUGUAAUAUGCUAUAACUGUUACACAGAUAUUGAUCAUUUUUACCGAUAUUCUACAGGUUCUUCCAAUGUAUAUGUGUUUCAGUAAUCUUGAGAAGUUGUAAUAUUUUAAUAAAUUUAAGAUGUACAUAAUGAUGUGAUUAACGAAGUAAAUUUUUA